AUUUUUGCUGUUGAGCAAUAAUUAGUUUUGUGGACUUGUGAAGGAGUAAGUAAAUUUAUAUUCGAUUGAACUCCAGCAUACAGCGAUAGUUUUAUGUCGUAACGAUGUCCACUAUUUCAAAAUUGGAAAUUCGUGGCAUUCGCAGUUUCGGCGUUGAAAGCGGAGAUGUUCAGAAAAUCAAGUUCCAAUCUCCUCUAACGCUGAUCGUUGGCCAGAAUGGUUGUGGUAAGACUACAAUCAUUGAGUGUCUUAAGUAUGGGCUCACCGGAGAAGUUCCUCCCGGAACCGAUCGUGGCAAGGCGUUCGUUCACGAUCCGAAGAUCUUCAGCACCGUCGAGAGUAUGGGCCAGGUCAAGCUGAUGGUGAAGGAUUUUACUGGGAAUCGUGUAACCGCUACUCGCUCGAUGAAGGUUUCCCAGAAAGGUAGAGGACAGCAACCCAAGUUCGAAACGUUGGAUUCGGCUGUAACGAUGGAAAAUGCUACAUCCGGAGAAAAGACCACUUUGUCGCGCCCGCGAGCAACGGAUAUCAACAAUGACAUGUGUGAUGCCAUGGGAGUAUCAAAAGCCAUUAUCAACAACGUAAUUUUCUGCCACCAGGAAGAUUCAAACUGGCCACUGGAGGAACCAAAAGAGUUAAAAAAGAAAUUUGAUGCCAUUUUCGGAACAACUGAAUACAACAGGGUGAUAGAGAAGUUGAUUAAGAUAUCUAAAGAAUACAAUGACCGGCAAAAGGAGAAGGCAGGAGAUCUAAAAUUGCUGGAAAAUAUCAAAAGCCAGGCCGAAAUUAAACAUUUGCACCUACAGAAGGUGGAGAAAAGCAGAGAAGACAAACAAGGGGUGGUGGAAAGCUUGGAGGGGUCUCUGAAACCGAUUAACACCCGAUUGGAGCAGAUUGCCAAGAUCGAGCGAGACUAUUCUAAGCUGAAGCAGCAGGAAAUCGAAUUCAAGUCAAAAAUCAACACUAAGGAAGACCAGCAGAAUCAACUUCGUUCGAAAAUUCAAAACCUGUUCAAAGGAUCUUUGCCAGAGUUGGAAAUCGAAAUUCGUACCUUCCGGCAGUCGAAAAGUACAAAGUUAUCGGAGCUUCGAGACGCCGAAUCGGAUUUGAGCUCCCGCAAGGCUCAAGACAAGUCUCUUCAAUCAAAGAAUCAAGACUUGGAAUCCCGCCGGGUUCAUUUGAUUGCCAAACGCCAACAGGAGCAAGAUUUAAGCGGCGAUCGAGCUAAUAAGAUAGUAAAUCUCUGUGAACGCUUGAAGCUUCCAUCUGGCGGUGAUUACGAGGCAGGAGGAGCCGAAGUAGAAGGAGCACUACAAGCAAUCAAACACGGCAUUAGAGCCGAAGAAACUGCCGUUCAGGCGAUGGCCAAAAGCCACGAUGAGAUGGAUCAUAAAGCACAGACGACAAUCGAUAAGUUGCGAGAGGAAAAAACCAAACUGGAGGCGGACUUUCGCAUGAAGGGUCAAAUGGUAGCGGAUUUCGUCAGGGAGAAGGCUAAAACUCAGUCGGAGAUCGCAACCAUCCAGCGUUCUGCGGAAACGCUGAAGAAACUUGUCGGCGAGAUCGAAAAACUUGAAAAGGAUUACGAGAGUCAGAAGGCAAGCUCGAAUGUUGAUGGAAUGAGGCGUAAUCUAGCAGAGAAGAAGGUAAAACGUGAGGAGCUUCAGACUAAGCUGGAUAAGGUGGAGGAACUCAUUUCCUCGUUGGAUGCCAUUGCGGCAAAGGCGACCGAGUUAAGUUUGAAGGAGCAGCAACUGAACGGAAGGGAAGCCGAAUUCAAACGGUUGCGGAGCAAACAUUCGGAUAACCUGAAGCGGCUUUUCCCGAACAAAAUUAUCGACAGCAACUACAAGCGCAAUGUUCAAAACUUGUACGAUGACCUCCAGCGACAGAUCAAGCAGCUCAACGAAUCGAUGCGCAAAUCGCAAGCCAUCGUGACCGAAAUGGAAACAACGCGUCGCUCUCAGAAGCGCGAGCUGGACCGCGUGGAGCGUGAACUGACCGAGAAUAAAGAGAAAAUCUACUCCGUCUGUCAGGGUAACCCGUAUGAAGAGGUUCUCGCCAAACUAAAGGAAAAAAUCACUAAAAACAAUCUGGAACACGGAGAGCACCGGUCGGCCGAAGUUCUCUACAAAAAGUACCUCUCCCGUAUCGAAGACGACAAAUGCUGCCCUGUGUGCCACAAGGAGAUGGGUGGCUCUGAUGUGCAGGACAUUGGUUCGGAACUGUCGGAUGAAAUCCGCCGGCUACCGGAGAGAAUUGAAGCUCUCGAGCGGAUGUUGAAAUCCGAUCAGAAUAAGUAUGAUCAGUUGUUGGCUCUUCAACCGUAUUCAGAGCGUAUUGAUAAACAAACGGUGGAAGUACCGAAGCUUAAAGAGCAGCUGGAGGUGAUUGAGCGUAAACUAUCCCAAGCAUCCUCGGACUUGGAGGAAAGCCAAAUGUCGAUCCUUGAACCCAAUUCGAACGUUCAGCUGAUCAAUUCUAUGCUGGGUGACAUGAGCAUUCUGGACGAAUCAGCCAGAGAUCUUGAACGAAUGACGAAGGGGAUUGAGACCUUGAAAGCCGAACUGGCCGAAAAGACACCAGAGGGUACGUCCGCUUCACUCGAGGAUAUGAAAUUGGAACGAGAAGCGGUCCGUGGCGAAUUGCGAAGCGAACGCAUUUCGAUCGAUGCCUUGCAAAAUAAAAUCGACGAGGAAACUGAACGAUUGAACAACCUUCAUCAACGGUAUAAUCAAAUGAAAGAGAAAAAGAUCGCGCUGCAGGAAUCUGUUCAGUCGUUGGAUCAGAAGAAAGCCAAAGAGGUGGAAUUGGGGGAAAAGAUUACCACUUGCCAGCGGGAAAUGGAUGAGACGGAACAUAAACUCGGACCAGUGAAGCAGAGCUUGUUGAAGGAAGAGGAUGCUAAAGUCAAGAUUAAGAACGAGAAUCGAGUGAAGUUAAACAAGGCGCAGAUUGAGUUGGAGGAGAUUAAACGAAUGGAAGCGGAGAUCGGCCGACUGGGAAAGGAGUUGCAAACUUUGUCAAGGCUAAAUUUGGCAGAUGAGAUUCAGAAAAUGAAGCGCAAGUUGCAAGAAACUAGCGAGGAAAUGAAGCAGGUUACAGCUGGUAUUGAGGAAAAAUCUGCACUGAUCGAUUUACUUAAGAAAGACAUUAUGAAUCAGGACAUGAUGGAGCGUGACUAUCUGGACAACCGUGAUUUGAUGAAACUUCAGACUGAAACUUCCACUCUCAAAGAAAACUUUGAUGCUCUAAUGCAGAGCAUUGGUGACAUGGAUGCGCCGAAUGUGGUACAGGAACGGAACAAACUACUCGAGCAACGGGACACGAUUCAGGCCAAAAAGAGUCAAACAACCGGACAGAUCGCCGAAUUGGAAAAUCAGGGCAAAGCGCUGAAAAAAGAGCUAGAUCGGUCGGAAUUCAAGAACGCAGUUAAAAAUUAUCUCAAGACAUACAGUGAAUCAGUGGUGCUGAAGAAAAUUAUAAGCGAUAUACUGAAGUACCGCAACGCUCUCGAAUGGGCACUCAUGAAGUACCACUCAGAAAAGAUGGAGCAAAUCAAUCGAUCUAUCUACUCCCUCUGGAGAGAUAUUUACCGUGGAAAUGAUAUAGAUUACAUUCGUAUCAAGACUGAGGACGAAUCAAAGCCGGACAGAGUGACGGACAAACGUAGGCAGUACCAUUAUCGCGUAGUUCAAGCGAAGAAUGAUGUAGAGAUUGAUAUGCGAGGUCGGUGCAGUGCCGGCCAAAAGGUGCUGGCCUCAUUGAUCAUCCGGAUGGCAUUAGCUGAGACGUUCAGCAACAACUGCGGGGUGAUGGCAUUGGAUGAGCCGACGACUAAUUUGGACAGAGAGAACAUUGCUUCGCUGUGUGAAAGCUUGCGCCGAAUUGUAACGGAACGGGAACAUGGGAACUUUCUGCUGGUAAUCAUUACCCACGAUGAGGACUUUGUGACCAAAUUGGAAAAGUUUGAUACUUAUUAUCGCGUAUCACGAGACCAUGACGGAAAAUCGGUCAUCAAAGAGGAGCAACUAUAGAUCCUACGUUUUCCUCCUCUUUAUGAUUGAUAGUGUUUAAGUUUUUCAUGUUACCACUACGUAUUUCACAUGUUACC